UGGAAUUUGGUUUGGGGUUUGACUCAAUGUUUGUUUCUUCAUUAAAAUUUGAUUUUUGAAAGUUUCAUACUGUUUUGUAGUUUGCUUAAGUCGGCUUGGCUAUUGUUCUCCUUUUAAAAAAAUAUGUUCUCACUGUGCUGAAAUAUGUGUAGUUUUCGCAGAUUCUUGUGUGUUUGUUAAGUUAUGUUGUGAUUUCAUAUCCAGUGUUCGUGAGUUAAAUGGUUCAAAUUUUGACCUUGUUGUCUGUGGCAUUUUCUGAAAUAGGUGAAGGGUGCAUUGAAUAAAAAUCUAGGGCGUGAGAAGAUUGUUACUUACCUGCAAAUUAUUAGUUUUUCUUAAGUUUCUUGUUAAAUUAUAUACAGGAAACAAAAAUAAAAGGGCAUAAAUCGUUAUAUGGAGGAUUCAGAGCAGAGGAAGAAAAGGCUGAAAGAAAUGCGCAUGCAAGCUGAUCAAGCUGAAGUUUCUGGUGGCAUUGAAGGUUCUCGGAUGCCCGGUUUGCUUUCUAAUCCCCUGGUUGAAGCACCUUCAACUAUGCCAUCACUGGAUAGAUCAUAUGCUGCUCCAAGAUUCGACUUUUAUACUGAUCCAAUGAGUGCAUUCUCUUCUAACAAAAGAAGCAAUACCAAUAUCCAGGCUAGGCCAGAUAAUUUCCCUCCUCCAAAUUUUGGUGGUUCUCCUAUGGUGCAAUAUUCAUCACCGCAUCUAGAAUCAACAAAUACUCAGAUGACUCCCCCUCCUACUCAAGUAUCACCAGCAGCGUAUAGAAAUCCGGUUUGGAGUGGACCUAGAGGCCCUGCUCCCCAUAACUUUCCAUAUCAUCCAUCAAGAGGUGGUACUUAUUCAAGUCCUAGAUUUGAACCAGCAGGUCGUCCAUUAUAUAACCCUGCACAGGGCAUAACUUACCGACCCAGCUACAGUCCAAAUCCUUCUCCGGGAUAUAGGAACAGUCCAGGCCCUAGUCAAGGGCGAGGCAGGGGCUUCUGGAACAACACUAGAAACCCUGUUUCAGGACGAGGUAGUGGACAAGGAGUGAGUUUUCAUGGCCAUUGGUCCAACGAGGACAGAUCUUGUGGUCCAGAUCGAUUUUACAAGAGGUCCAUGGUUGAAGAUCCGUGGAAGCAUUUAAAACCUGUGAUAUGGAUGGCAACAGUUGGUUCCUUAAAUACUACAAAUCCACCUGAGAAUUCAAAACCCUGGACUUCAAAAUCAACAAGUAUGAAAAGGGAGGGAUCAUCAGCUGUUUCUGUAAACUCUAAUCCUGGACCAAGCCUUGCUGAGUACUUGGCUGCUGCAUUGAAUGAAGCUGCCAAUGAUGCCGAAGAUGUAUGAUUGCUGCUGGUAGUUUCACGAAGGGGACCAUCAUGGUGUUACAAAGGUGAAAGAAUGUCCAACCAUUGAAAAAACUAUGAAUAAUGAAGAAGUAAUUUCAUAGAUGAAUGCCAUAGACUAAGCUGUUUGGUGUUACUGUUUGUACUAAUGCACCAGACAUCUUGAGAAAAUUUUUAGAGAUGUGUUUAGGUUACUGGCUCCCCCUGGUCAGUUGACGUUCAAUUAUAUACUGUCUGAAUUGCCAAGUGAAUGUACUAGUGCAGAUAAAAGGUCUAUGCAUUCUCUGUUUAGAAAGUAGAAACUGUAAAUCUGUGUAGCCACAUUUUGAGCGCAUGUUUGAGGUGAAUUCACGUCUAAAUGCUUUGGAAUAAGUGACGCGCAAAACUUUAGAAGUGGCGGUUGGGAAAUUAUGGAAGUGUUAUUUUUCAAAUUACU